AUGUUGCCUAACAGAGGAGUUUAUAAUCUCAGUCCCUUCUCUUUCAUGCAUCAGGAUGAUGUACGUUGGGUUAUUGUGGCGCUACGACAGAUGUACGAUAAUAACGAGGAUAAAGGCGAAAGCUAUUAUCGACUACUCACACGCAACGGCCACUUUAUUUACUUGCACUCGAGGGGCUACAUCGAUGUUGCGGAUAAAUCUCGCAAUGUUACCUCUUUCGUUUGCGUCAACACGCUUCUGGACGAGGAGGAGGGCCGUCGCCGCCUGCAGGAGAUGAAAAAUAAAUUCUCAACAAUAAUUAAAACAAAGAUACCAAGCAAUUCACUGCUGGAUGCACCCGCUGCCGAGAAUCCCCAACAACUGGAGCGCAUCGUACUUUAUUUAAUCGAUAAUUUACAGCCGCGACACGACAACGGCAAUGGAACGGGAUGUGGCGAAGACACCAACACGCAGGCUGACAAUGUGCGGUAUGCUCGAACGCCACCGAUGUCUCUCGUGCCGCCCGAACCCGCCUCGGUUAAGAACUCAAUUUCACAGUCAGUGUCGGUUGUGAAUGUGACAGCGGCUAGAAAUUUGCAACACAAUCUCAGUCACAUGAAAAGUCCGCGUAGCGUCACCAGCAGCGAUUUGUCGCUAUCACCGGCCAGUAGCAUUGACUUAGGCGACGACUUUGGCGACAGCAUGGGCGCCGUGCCUCCCAAUUCCAUCCACUCCAAUACGGCGACCACGGCGGCGAACAGCACGCAACGGCCGAGUGUGCUGCAGCUAAAUACACAAGCAAGUACGAGUGCCCCUCUUUCGUCGCCACAAUCGGCGGUUAGUGUGCUCGAGCAGCGUCUGACUGUGGCGUCGCAAGCAAAAACGUCGAGUGAGCAUACGGCAUCGGCUGACUCUAAUUUCAACGGUGGUAAGGUUGUGCCACAACAGCAAUCACACACAUCUGUUUUGAAGCGUUUGCGUCCAGCGGCAUCUAUCGCCGCAGCCGCUGGUGCUGCCUCGACUAGCACAACCAUUAACAGCAGCGUCGUUUUCGAAGAUAGUGUCAGCCCAGCAAAGCGUUGUCCAAGCGUCAUGGCAGCAAACUCACCCGAAAUGUUGCCAACCACAGUCAUUGCGAAGCCCGGAGAAAUACACGCGGUCAUCAGCAACUCGCUGGAGAAUAUCGAUCAGUCGCUGCAGAGCAUACAGAAGAAUGCGCGUACUUUGUGCCAACAGCAUGCACGCCUGCUGCCAAAACCGGUGCCACAAGCCUUCAAUCACAAACUAGAUGCCAUCUUUGUGGAGCACCAGCGACAGGCUGAGCAGCUAAUCAACAUCAGAAACGAAUACGAUGUGCAUUUGCAGCAUAAGCAGCAGCACCAAUAUGCAUUGACUAGCGUCGAAACGACAACACGAGCACCACAAUAUCAACAGCUGCCGCUGCAGCAACUACAACUGCCGCCGCAGCAACACCAGCAGCAACUACAACUACAGCAGGCUGACACAGCACAGCUGCAAUUGACGGCCAACUACAAGGAGCCGACAGCAAUGUUGAAUCAGCUGGAAAAAAGGCUGUAGUUUCUUGUAGCCUGCCUGUAGUAGCAGGUGGCUUGGGCAAUAGCUUUGAAGUUGCAGAGGUUUAUUGGUGCGAAUAGCUAAAUUCAGCAGCGCCGGCUGAGAUGGGAGCGACGAAACGGAGUGUGCCAGCGAACAGUGAUGGCCUGCUGGGCAAGUGGCUAGCGAAUAUUUCGAGUAAGUGUGAGGGCAAAGGCUGGUGGGCGUGCAGCUAUUGCCUGCAUUCUGAUGUGUUACCCAAUAACAAAACAUUAACAAAAAAAGUUCAAAUUCUCUACCUAACCAACAAAUUAUUUCCAUUUAAUAUUGCUAUGAUGUUGUUCGCUGACCACGACAAACGUAUGUACAUACUUCCAUAUGUGCUUUGGUGAAAGGAAACGUAUGUAGUAUGCACAUAUGUAUGUAUGUCUGCACACCAGUGUUAUAAGCAUUGUGGCUCCUGAGUACCAUACUUGGGUUUGUUUUUGUAUUUAAGAAACUUGCGUUGAGAAUUGUUGGUGUUUAAAAUACAGCUAAUAAGACUAGAAGCAAGAGGGAUGAAUAUUGCAGCAAUAAAUGGCAAUGGAAGUGAAAACGGCGUUAAAAAGUGCUUAAAAAUUUGGAAAAACAACAGUUAUUCAGCUAUUAUUGUAAAUAGUGCAUAUUUAAAACUUAAUCGUCCAACGAUUUUGAGUUGUGAACAAAAAAAUGGUUUUGGGCGAACAAGUGCCAGGCAACAAGAGCUGUGCGAAUCAGAAACUGAUUUUCGAUGUAGAUUUCCGGGAAAUCAAUCAAUUUUAUUACAACAUUUGGUACUAACGAAACAAAAAUUUUUUUGAAGAUAAGAGAGCUGUCAAAAU